CAGCUGGGAUUUUUAUUGGAGGAUUAUUGCUUGUGUGUGUAAACAGGGCAGGAAGGGUUGUGUUGUGUCCAUGGCAUAUAGAGUAACACACAGACAAGGAGCUGCUGGAGUAAUUCUGUAAUGCUCAACAGGAAGCUACUUGUAACUCCAUAACACGGUAAGGGUAGAAAAAUAGCAGAGGAAACAUAACAGCAGACAUGAAGCCUUAUACAUAAGACUCUAGUCCUAGAACAGCAUCAGCUGAUUCAACAGGAAACGCAAUAACUUUAUCUCGUAUUCAACAGGUUGGUGCAGAGCGGAAAGUGAAACUAAACUGAGAACAAAAAUAAUAUAGAGACGGGGGGGGGGGGAGAAGAACAAGAAAGAAGUAGAAGAAGGAGCAGCUCUAGUGAAGGAGAAGCAGAGAAUAUCCCUUUCCUACCGAGGGACCCGCUAGAAAAGAAGACAUUCCAGACUUCAUUUAUUUAUGAAGGAGACAAUGCAAGAAGACCAUUAUUAGCUGAAGAGCAUCUACAGGAAAAAGUUUUCCUAUGCUCAGGGAACUCAAGGCUGCGGCUUUUCAGUAGUCAGGAGAGUGUAUAUGAACAGUAUAAAUAUAGAGCUGCAGGAACUUAGCAGAAUGGAGUCAGACCAAGGGGCAUCCCAGCUUUUAGCUGUUGGAAAUCAAGAAACAAGUGACGCUCCAGAAUCCACAUCUUCAGAGCCUGGUAUUGAAGAUGGUGAACCCUACGUAGUGGUCCAUGAAACAGGGGGUUGUUGUGACUAUGUACAAAAUGAAGCCCAGGCUCUGCGUACUUAUUAUCUACCUGGUCCUCUAGAAAACCUAAUUUCCUUUGGGCAUUGGAUUGAAUGGAUGUCCGCAGCUCUGAGUUAUUACACAUCUUGGUCUUUCAGACAAUCCUUCACUGUCGGGAUACUGAUCUUUUCAGAGAAGGACGAGUGCAAAUGGUUGGAACACUUACUGAGGUCGGAUGUCCGUGUAGAUAAAGUACAAGUUAUUUGCUUCUCUGGAGAUGUAGAAGGGCUUAAAGAAAAACUAACACAGUGUUCCUAUAUAAUUGUUUACCACCGAGGCAGAUUUGGACCCGAAAUGACUGAUUCUAUGAUUGCCAGCACCGUGAGACAGAGCACUUCCAAACUUGAAGAGAAGAAGAACAUGCUGAUUGCUUUGGGGCAUCUUGAACACAAAACACAUGAGGACAGGAUGAAGGAGAAACUGCAGGAGAGAAUUGGAAGAGAGUGUAACCAACUGUUCUUCACAAAAGGAGAAAUCAGGCGAUAUGAAUACCUUUAUGCCUUAUAUCCAAAGACGAAAUUGGAUGCAAUACGGGCAGCAUUAUCUACUGCUUCCCCAGGACAAGUUUACGGUUUUUCGCCAAUCAAACAUACCGUUGGAAUCGUUUCACGGUCGGCAGAGAGUGAUUAUAAGUGGCUAGACCAGUACCUCAAAGACUCAUUUCAGAUCGAGGUCAGACCCAUGUACAUCUCUAACAGCGGGAAACUGAAGUUCUGGGAAGAUGUCUCUCAUUGCACAUUUGCUAUCCUGUACCAUACCAAGAGACGAGGGAGGAUAAACAUCACCGACGUCACCGACUCUCUCUAUGAUGAAGAAAUUAAACAUUUAGCCUCUGCACUGGGGAAAGACAACGUGAUUGUCGUAGCGGAUGAUCUUGAUAGCAGCAGCAUUGAGGAGAGAGAGAGGAUCUUGCAGAGCCAACCCAGCAUUGGCCUCUAUGCCAAAGAUUUGAUCCUUUUCACCAAGAAGGAGACAGAUCCUAAUUACGAGAGACUCGUUACCCAGCAGGAACAGGAAGAUGAAAGGAGUCUAAAUGAAAAACUGGAAACCUUAAGAAAUAUAAUAGGAAAGGCAAAAUCUACCAUGAUGAGCGGAGCAGCAGAUACCGCAAACGUCCACAGACAAGAGGAACCUUCAAAUACCCCCCCAUCUGAGACAAAUGAAGCAAAUGAAAUAGUAUAGGGUGAUGGCUUCUUCAUGGUUUCAACUAAGUGGCAUGUGUUAAAAAUAUUAUGAUGGCAGAGAUCUGGAACGUUUUGCAACCGCUAAAGUAGGGAAAUGGGCUAUCAAUGGCAACAUAUGGGAUCAUUGGGGUGAGGGGCAAAAAAUAUUGGCCUUUCUCCUUCUUGGUCUCAUCAACUAACAAUGAGCAAGUUUGCCCAGUAUUACUAAAUAUGCUUUUAAGGUUCUCCCCUAUUAAAGGGAUACUGCCACGUGCAAUAUAGUUACAUAUUUGCUAAAGCUGAAAAUGGAAGAAUGUCAAAAUUGUGUCCAAUUGGAAAAGCUUGUGGCUGUGUCAGGUUUCCUCAGCAUGGAGGGGAAUCCUACCUUAAUAAAGGGCAAUAACAUUUAAUAAGAAUGAAAAUGUCUAUGUGAUUGUGUAUGUAUUUAUAGUAAGUUGGCCGGCCACUUUAUAACUGUGGUGUAAUAAAUUCAGUAAGUGCUAAUGUA